CAUAUUCAUCGAAACCAAUACUCGUUCCCGUGCUUCUGUGUUGGAGCUGCCAUAAACCAGAAGGGUGAAGAAGACGAAGACAGCAAAUAUCUUAAGAGUAACCCCAAAAGAAUGGAUGGAUUGAGGAAGCUAGAAAAUGUACAGAAAAUUAUACAAAUGAUGGGGUCUCACGGUAUCAUUAGUUCUUCUAGCAACACCCAUAAUGCCAGCUCUCUUCGUUUUCUUGCAGAUGUAGUCCUUCUUUUGGUAUCGCGAUGCUGUGAACUUGACAUUGGUGCCAAGUGCCAAUUGAUUAUUGACCAUGUGCCAAAGUUUUCACAUGCUUUCCUGGAGGAAGCAUUGCAGUGUGCUAGUGAGCAAGGUGUUGAACAAAAGGUAAAUACCGGUCCACUUGAUUGUGGUGAUAAGAUUAUACCGGAUCCAUCUAAAAUGGGUUCCGAGGAUAUGCCAAUGAUUGGGCUUGAUGCUAUGCAACGAGCUAAUUCUACUUUAGAAGAUUUUUGCAGGUCUUAUUUUAUGUUUCACAAAAUGGAUCCUCACCAACCUCAGUCUAUGUUCAGAUACCUACCGAUACUUUCAUUUACUGAAAGUUACAUUUAUCAGUUGGAUAAUUUAAAUGAGAAACUGUUGCAGCCAUCAGUGGGGAAGGACCAAUCAUCAUAUCGUGAAUACAGUGUGGUAGUACUACAGGAAGAAAGCUGGGAGCUUACAUAUGUGAGAAUGAUGACCAAUGAUCCGUUUAGACCUCUUUCUAUUUUACUUCAGCAGCAUGGGCUUUUGACAGACAGGGUAAGAGAAGAGUUUAGUGGUGGAGUAGAAUAUUGGUCUCUGGAGAGAAAGCUGUGUCAUGCACUUGGGAUUAAACGAGAGAUUUCAGUUGAAGAUGUCAUGAAGGCAAUUCAUCUGAAGUCCUUUGAUUACCGGGUGCUGAAUCUUCUGUUGUAUCAACUGAGAGGUGAAAAGGUCAAUGAUAUUCAUAUGGAAUUUUUGAAGAUAUCGGAGUUCCUUGUGGAGAUAUCCGAUGACUUGUUUGACUAUGAGGACGAUGUGUUAGAGAAUAGUUUCAAUAUUCUGCGCAUGUUCAACGGAAUUUAUGGGGCUUCUACAGCACCAACCAUGCUGGCAAAAGUUAUAACUGAAGCUGAAGAGAAGUAUGAUAGUCUUUUGAAAGCUCUCGAUCCCGUGCUCUCUCUGAAGUAUCAGAAGAGAUGUGAAGAAGCUACUAAAGAAGGCGGGAAGACGUCAGGUCCAUCUCUUGGAACAUGGAGUAUACCUUCUGUUAUUGAAGACGAGGAACUAUAUCGAUCUGAUGUUUUGAAUUCGAAGCCAUCACAAAAUACUUGACAGCAGUCCAUCCCUACCAGCCAGAAACCACAAUAAUGGCAGCUGAAACAACGUAAAUCUGCAUAAACGAAAACAAAAUAAGACCUCAUAGAGGUCAGCAUCUAAUCCUCCUCUAUAGGCUCGCUUCUGAUUAGCUAGUUGGGUAGUAUUAUUCAAGAUUGCUACUUUAAUGUUCUACAACUAAACAACAAUAAAUCUAGUGUAAUCCUACGAGUGAGGCUUUAUGUUCUACACCUCUUUAUUAAAAGAGAAAAAAACACUAGGUCAUUUCUUCCUCCCUUCUGCCUAAGCCUUGGCGACGGAUUCACCAAGUACCUGUACUAGUGGAAGGUAACAUGUACUCCAUAGAAUAGUCGUGGUGCACGACAAACUAGUCUGAACACCACCAUCACUAGAAAAAAAAGUUUAUGUUUGUUUAUCAAAAAAGGUGAAAAGAUUUCUUCUUCAUGUUCUAAAACCAGGAGUUAUGGUAUUUUGAACAAUUCUUGCAUUGUUGUACAUUAUUUAUUUCGUUGUGUUGGACACAGAUUAUGGUAGAAGGUCACAAAAUGCUUUGUCUUGCUUUACCAUGGUUUCUUCACUUCCGAUUUUUCCUUUUCUGAACUGCUUUGAUUUCCUAAGAUAAGGGUUAAAGUCUGUGUUCACUCUACCCUCCCGAGACCCCUCUUACGGAACUACACUGGAUAUGUUAUUAUCGUUGUACAUUAUUUAUUUGGAUUUGGGAACAAAUGAUAAUAUCCACUGGUGCUGGUGUAAAAAUGAGGACACUCAACAUGUGAGUGAAGAUGUAAAAUUUAUGUUUGUAUGCAAAAUAUUCUUUGAA